CAGCAUGAUUUUUGUUUUGAUCAGAUGAUGGGAAGUAAAUCUCUGUUUCUGAGUUGUAUGCUCCAUAAAAACUAAACUAAUGGCAAGUUUAAAAGUAGUACCCCCAAAUUUAAAAUCCAUUCAACCGUAUUUAAAAAUCGCUGAAGAACAUGAAAAGAGAGAUCCUGCCAUAACUUAUUGGUGUCGUUUUUAUGCUGUCCAAAGUGGAUUAAAAAUCAGUGAUAAAACUCCAGGAAAUUCUGCCUUUUUCCUUAAUUUAAUGGAUUGUCUUGAAAGUGUGAAAAAAAAAAAGCGACAUGAUGAUGAAACGAUUACAAAUGAUGUUGUAGCUCAAGCUCAUAUCGAAAAUUAUGCCUUGAAGUUGUUUUUAUGGGCAGAUAAUGAAGAUCGAUCUGGAAGAUUCAACAAAAAUGUGGUUAAGGCCUUUUACACUUCUGGUUUCAUAUAUGACGUAGCAAAUACAUUUGGAGAACCAAGUGAGGAGGUGCUUCAUCACAGGAAGUAUGCCAAGUGGAAAGCCACUUACAUACAUAAUUGUUUAAAAAAUGGCAUUACUCCGGUUGCUGGACCAAUAGCAAUGGAAGGAGAAGGCGAAGCUGAAGAAGAAAAUUUGGGUUUUACUCCAUCAGAUGGGGGUCAGGCGUAUAACUCUUCUGAACAGCCACAAGUUCCUUAUCCUGUGGGUGGAUUAUUCAACAUGCCUAAUUACAAACCUGAAGGCUUUAAUCUACCAGUUCCAGGAGCACAUGCACCCCCCUCUACCCCUAAUGGUACAAAUCAAUUGUCACCAACAACUUCUAUCACAGAAAUUAAUACACAACCAGAAAAUACAGGAGGUGUAAAUUUGCAACCUGAAGAUUACCAGAAGGCUCAGAAAUAUUGUAAAUGGGCUGGUAGUGCUCUACAGUAUGAAGAUGUACCAACAGCAAUUACAAAUCUGCAGAAGGCAUUAAGAUUAUUAACUACUGGUCAAGAUGAGUGAUAAGCAUCUUCACAACAGGAAAAAAGUUUACAUUAUUAACAAUGCUUCUUUGUGUUGCAUAUUGUAUCACAUAUACUUUUUUUUUUUUUUUUUUUUUUUUUAAAGAUGUAUAUUUUUUGGUUAGCAAAUAUAACUUUGUACAUAAAUCAUGAUUUGAAUUUUAUUUUGAUCUUUACCUCAAAAAUAAGCUAAAAUUUUUUAGGAAAUAUAUUAUAUCUUUGUUAUUUACUAAAAGAAAUAACAAUGUUACAGUUUUAUUGAGUUACAAAUGAACUGAUUAAUCAUGUUCUGCAUUUAUAAAAGGCUUCUCGUAAUAAAAUAAUUAAAUGAAUAAUUCAAGAAUGGAGAACAUUGGAAAAGUAGUGAGCUAACCAUUAUUUUAGAAACUCAUAUAUCAUAUAUAUAUAUAUAUUAUUGUUUUAUCAACUGAAACAUACAACUUCCAUUCCUUUUUAGCACUUUACAGUCAUAUUUUUUUUCUCAAAGUUUAUCUUUUAGAAAGCAGUCAUAUAUAGUCAACAUGUAAUACCAGUGUGUAGUUUUUAUGCUUUGCAAGAUAAAUAAUAAAAUUUCAAUAGAUGCUUA